UAUUUUCCUCCUUGCUUACCGGUUUGUAUGUUGAGAUGCUAAGUGCCUUCAAAGCCGCUUUGCGCCUCCCCACAAGGCGCCUCUCCGCCCCUCCCGUCCCUCCCUGUCCCCAUCCCCACCACAGGAGACUCACCUGCUCCCUCUCCCGCCGCCUGCACAGCCCCCGCGGCAGCGACGAGCGGGGCGACGAGCAGACAGGCGUCAAGGGCGGCCGGUCGGAUGAUGACCCGAGCAGGCGCGGCGGUGCGAUUCUGCGGAAGAUGAGUGCCGUCAUCGCCACAGAUCAGUCGGUGGCCGAGCGAUGCGCCAAACUCAUGGACAAGUCAGUGAGAGAGGCGGAGAGGCAGAUCAGAGGCUUUGCACACACCGCGGUGUGGUUGUUGAUUGAUCUGUGGUCUGUCUGGGAUGGUGUGGUGUGGUGUGGUCAGGCGCUCCCUGGAGCGUUUGUGCGAGGCGGUGCAGAACGAGUCUGCGUACGUGCCGAAGCCCUCCAACCGGCAGCUGAGCCUGGUGGCGCUGUCCUCGUGUGUGGCAUUUAUCGGGUUCGGUUUCUGUGACAACUUCAUCAUGAUCAUUGCCGGCGACCUGGUGAGUCGGCAGACAACUUGACCCACCCCACACACACGUCUGCAAUUCUCGCACGCUCUCUCUCUCUCUCUCUCUCUCUCUCUCUGUCUGUGUGUGUGUGUGUGUGUGUGUGUGUGCAGAUUGACACGACUCUGUGUGUGGUGUUGGGUUUGUCGACUCUUGCUGCAGCGGGCAUCGGCAACACGGUGAGUGACAUCCUGGGUGUGUGGAUCGGGGGUUUCAUCGAGGACAUGGGCAAGCGGAUCGGCAUCCCCCAACACAACCUCAACACCAGCCAAAUGAAGCGAACCAUCACCACUAUCUGGUGUGUAGCCGAACCAACCGCCACACCAAUGGUGGCAGAAUUGACACCGAUGUCCCCUGUCUGUCGUUGUCUGUCACCAGGUCGAAUGGCGGCAGUGCGGUCGGGGUAACCAUCGGCUGUCUCGUGGGCAUGUUCCCCCUUCUCAUUAUGGACACCGAGACCGCCGAGCGACGGCGGGUGGAGGACCAGACCCACCAGCUCUUCGACAUUGUCGAGGAGGAGCUGCGCGGCGUCCUAGAGGUGGAGCAGGCCACUCUAUAUCUCAUCUCUACCGCCCUCGAGGAGCUGCAGACCAAGUACCAGCCCCGGCUUCACCAGCCUGACCACGUGUCGGCGGCGGACACCAUGGCGAGCAGCACUGGGGGCAAUGGUGAGGAGGGGAGGUCGGUGUUGGCGGCUUUGUUCCCGUCGGUGUGUGGCGGGAAUGGGCAGAAGGACGACGACCUCAUCAGGAUACAGCUGUCGGAUGUCGACAGAAAGGAGGGCCUGGGGGUCGUCAUCGAAAAGAAAAAGGUGAGUGAGCGACGCCACACACACACUCACGCACAGAGGGAGACAGACACACCUCAGCCCCGCUGUGUGUGUGCGUGUGUGUCAGUUGAUCAACAUCGACGGCAAGAAGGCCGCCCAGUGGAAGUCCUAUCCCCGCAUCAUGCGCAAGCAGGACAUGCCCCCACCCUCCCCGCCCCCGACAGCUCCCACACCCAUCCGCAGCGCCGCCGCGCCCCUCCCCGACUCGAUCGUCGAAGCCCCCAAGGAGGACAAGAAGAAAACCAAGGUGGCUGGCGAAAAGGUGGGUGAGCGCGGCGGCAAGGAGGAGGGCUCGCGGGUGCUCGCGGCGCCGAAGCAAGUCAUGGCAGCACCAAUCAUCAGCACGACGGUCCGUGAGACAGAGAGAUGGGAGAUAGAGAGAUGGAUGGAUGGAUGGAUGGGCUCUGGUGUCCGUGUGUCCGUGUGUGUGUGUUAAAGGGUGAGGUGAUAGGUGUGAUAGAGGCCAUCAACAGCACACGGGGCGCCCGCUUCCGCGCGACCGACGAGGAGAUCCUGCGGUCGGUGUGCACUCAGCUGGCGGUGCCGCUGGAGGGCCAGGAGGUCCAGCACACACUCCAGCACCCCAACGCAGUGCGCAAGGCACUCUGGUCAGCAAGCACCUCAUUGACACAGACGUUUCUCUGUCUCCUUGCGCCAUGUCUCUGUCUGUCUGUCUGUCUGCAGGUUGUGUCGAGGGCAGGUGUUGUGUGGGACUCAGGGUGGUGGUGUGUCGGCCCGUGCCAGGUUCCUGGCUGACCUGCCCCCUCCCAAGCAGGAGGGAAGGGUGGUCGUCUGGCUGCGGUCGCUCGCCACAUGACACCACAUGACACAUCACAUAGCGUGGUCGAACGGGUUUGUGUGAUGGCCUGUCGAAAGAGGGAGAGCUGUGUUGGUGAGCUGGCUGUGGGUGUGGUGUUUCUUCCAUCCGUUGUACUUCCUUGUGGGUGCUGGUGCUACUUGCUCAUGCUGAGAGCUUCGUCGCCGUGGCUCAGCGUGCCCACCCAUAUCGAUCCUCUUGCCGGUGGGUCGGGGGGAGUUCUCUGUGCUGCGGAGACGGCGCUUGAUCAUGAGCCAGUGGUGAAGCACGUGUGAGUCAGAUCAUGAGACGAGGAGUGCCUGUGGUUGGAUUGGCCCUUGGGGCGUGCGGCACGUCAACGGCAUCGACUCACGGGCGUGUCACCGCCCCCACCUGUCGAUGCGGUGCAUGUGUCAUAUGCCCUGAGGGUGUAUCCAACACAGAGUAGGUGACGGGCGUACUCCACCACUGACCAUGGUGCUUGUGAUGUGAGCGUUGCGGUGAUGCGAUAGAGGGGUUGAAAGCCCAAGAAACAGGCAGGCAGGCAUCACAUGACACGAG